UUUUCUGAUUCCAAGCAAAAGAAUUAAAAAGAUGGCAUUUAGCUAUCCAUGCAGCUCACCAUCGAUGGUGGCUUUGCUCUUUGUUGUUUUCCUUUCAUUGUUUCCUCAGUUGGGGUUCUGUGCGACAAGGCAUUAUACUUUUAAUAUUGUGCAGAAGAAUGUGACGCGUCUGUGCAGCACGAAGAGCAUUCUUAGCGUCAAUGGGCGCUUCCCGGGGCCUCGCCUGGUGGCAAGAGAAGGCGAUAGAGUGGUGGUUAAGGUUGUGAACCAUGUCUCCAACAACAUCACCAUUCAUUGGCACGGGAUUCGACAGCUUCGAAGUGGAUGGGCAGACGGACCAGCAUACGUAACGCAAUGUCCCAUACUGACUAACCAAACGUACACGUACAACUUCACCAUCACGGGACAAAGAGGCACACUGUUCUGGCAUGCUCACAUUUCUUGGCUAAGAGCAACACUCCAUGGACCAAUAAUCAUUCUUCCAAGGCGCAAUGAAUCCUACCCCUUUCAGAAGCCCUAUAAAGAAGUUCCCAUCAUAUUUGGGGAGUGGUGGAAGGUAGACCCUGAGGCUGUUAUUAGCCAGGCACUUCAAACAGGAGGUGGUCCUAAUGUUUCAGAUGCAUACACCAUUAAUGGGUUUCCAGGGCCCUUGUAUAACUGUUCCUCUAAAGAUACAUACAAGCUGAAGGUGAAGCCAGGGAAGACAUACAUGCUCCGACUGAUCAAUGCCGCCAUGAACGACGAACUCUUCUUCAGCAUCGCAAACCACACCCUCACCAUAGUCGAAGCCGAUGCCACUUACAUCAAACCAUUCGAAACCAACGUGGUGCUCAUAACCCCAGGCCAAACCACCAAUGUUCUCCUCAAAACCAAGCCUUUUCACCCCAACGCCUCCUUCCUAAUGGAAGCUCGCCCUUAUUUCACCGGCCAAGGCACCUUCGACAACUCCACCGUCGCCGCAAUCCUCCAAUACCAACACCCUCCGCCUCCCGGCAAUAAUAUUAAUGUGAAAAUAAAAAUGUUUAGACCGACCCUGCCAGCUCUGAACGCCACCAGUUUUGUGGCGAACUUUACCCGGAAGUUUCGGAGUUUGGGCAGUUCCGAGUUCCCCGCGAAUGUUCCGCGGGUUGUUAAUAAGCGUUUCUUUUUCACCGUGGGGUUAGGCUCGGUGCCCUGCCCUAAGAACGUGACGUGUCAGGGGCCUAACAAUAACAGCCGUUUUGCGGCGUCGGUUAACAAUGUGUCCUUUGCUCUUCCAUCCACGGCCCUCUUGCAGGCCUACUUUUCCGGCAAAUCUAACGGCGUUUACUCUACGGAUUUCCCCGUUAACCCGCCCAACCCCUUUAACUACACCGGCGCGUCGCCCAAUAACACCGCGGUCGGAAAUUCCACGCGCUUGGUGGUUCUGCCGUUCAACGCUAGCGUUGAGGUGGUGUUGCAGGAUACGAGUAUUCUUGGGGCGGAGAACCACCCCCUACACCUCCACGGCUUCAAUUUUUUUGUGGUUGGUGAAGGGUUUGGGAACUUUGACCCCAAUAAAGACCCCGCCGGGUUUAAUCUGAAAGACCCUGUGGAGAGGAACACCGUUGGAGUUCCCGCUGGUGGCUGGGUUGCCCUUCGUUUCUUUGCAGACAAUCCUGGGGUGUGGUUUAUGCACUGUCAUUUUGAUGUGCAUACAAGCUGGGGAUUGCGGAUGGCUUGGAUCGUGCUAGACGGAUCGCUACCCAAUCAGAAGUUGAUGCCACCACCGUCAGAUCUUCCCAAGUGCUAACCAAAACCGUCUGAUCAGAUCACCUCAUCCAUCCAUCCACUUCACUAAUUUUGGAGUGUUUUCAAGCAAUUUUUCCUAUGUUUAUUUAAUUUCAUUCUUUUGUUGUGUCUCGAGCGAGGAAAAAAAAACAAGGUUUCUUUCAUUGCUGAGCUCCUUUUCUUGUUUUGCUCCCUCAUUGUUUCCUUCAAAAGAAAUAGGGCAUGCUUUGCCUUCAAUGAAAUUCAACCCUACGAUUGCUUUGAA